AUGGCAACCAUAGAAGAAAUUGCACAUCAAAUUAUUGAACAGCAAAUGGGAGAGAUUGUUACAGAGCAGCAAACUGGCCAAAAAAUCCAGAUCGUGACAGGAGUUGAUCAUAAUUCGCAAGGCAAGCAGUUCAUUCUGACGAAUCAUGACGGCUCUACUCCAGGCAAAGUCAUACUGGCCAGGCAAGAUUCCACUCCAGGGAAAGUUUUUCUCACAACUCCAGAUGCAGCAGGCGUCAACCAAUUGUUUUUCACAACCCCUGAUAUGUCUGCACAACACCUUCAGCUCUUAACAGAUAAUUCUUCCCCAGACCAAGGGCCAAAUAAGGUUUUUGAUCUUUGCGUAGUAUGUGGAGACAAAGCAUCAGGACGUCAUUAUGGAGCAGUAACUUGUGAAGGUUGCAAAGGAUUCUUUAAAAGAAGCAUCCGAAAAAAUUUAGUGUAUUCAUGUCGAGGAUCAAAAGACUGUAUUAUCAAUAAACACCAUCGAAACCGCUGUCAAUACUGCAGAUUACAGCGAUGUAUUGCUUUUGGAAUGAAACAAGACUCUGUUCAGUGUGAAAGAAAACCCAUAGAGGUAUCAAGGGAAAAAUCUUCCAACUGUGCCGCUUCAACAGAAAAAAUUUACAUCCGAAAAGACCUUCGGAGCCCACUAGCUGCGACUCCAACUUUUGUAACAGAUAGUGAAACUGCAAGGUCAGCAGGACUGUUAGAUUCAGGAAUGUUUGUGAAUAUUCAUCAGUCUGGAAUAAAAACUGAGUCAACUAUGCUAAUGGCACCAGAUAAGGCUGAAUCAUGUCAGGGAGAUUUGAGUACAUUGGCCAGUGUGGUUACAUCAUUAGCGAAUCUUGGAAAAACUAAAGAGCUUUCUCAAAAUAGUAAUGAAAUGUCUGUGAUUGAAAGCUUAAGUAAUGGUGAUACCUCCUCAUGUGAGUUUCAUCAAGAAAUGCAAACAAACGGUGAUGUUUCAAGGGCAUUUGACACUCUGGCGAAAGCAUUGACUCCUGGAGAGAGCACAGCCUGUCAGAACUCAGAGGGCAUGGAAGGAAGUGUCCACCUCAUUGCUGGAGAUGCAAGCAUAAAUUACAUCGAAAAAGAAGGACCACUUCUCAGCGAGUCACAUGUAGCUUUCAGGCUCACCAUGCCUUCUCCUAUGCCUGAGUACCUGAAUGUGCACUACAUUGGGGAGUCUGCCUCCAGACUGCUGUUCUUAUCAAUGCACUGGGCACUUUCGAUUCCUUCCUUCCAAGCUCUAGGGCAAGAAAACAGCAUAUUGUUGGUGAAAGCUUAUUGGAAUGAACUUUUUACUCUUGGUCUUGCCCAAUGCUGGCAAGUGAUGAAUGUGGCAACUAUAUUGGCAACAUUUGUCAAUUGUCUUCAUAAUAGUCUUCAACAAGAUAAAAUGUCAACCGAAAGAAGAAAACUAUUAAUGGAUCACAUCUUCAAACUGCAGGAGUUUUGUAACAGCAUGGUUAAACUCUGCAUUGAUGGAUAUGAAUAUGCCUACCUGAAGGCAAUAGUACUCUUCAGUCCAGAUCAUCCAGGCCUAGAAAACAUGGAACAGAUUGAGAAAUUUCAGGAAAAGGCUUAUGUGGAAUUCCAAGAUUAUAUAACCAAAACAUAUCCAGAUGAUACCUACAGGUUAUCCAGGCUGCUACUCAGGUUGCCAGCUUUGAGAUUGAUGAAUGCUACAAUCACUGAAGAAUUGUUUUUCAAAGGUCUCAUUGGCAAUGUACGAAUUGACAGUGUCAUCCCACAUAUUUUAAAAAUGGAGCCUGCAGAUUAUAACUCUCAAAUAAUUGGUCACGGCAUUUGAAAGCUGGAUCUCAGAACUGUGAAGUUGUUGUUCUGGCCCAGGACACGAGAAGAUACCAAAUGGAACUCAUUGCUUCCAGAGUAUCUGGAAAUUGUUACUUUAAAGAGUAACUAAAAAUCCACGAUGUUAUUAUUUUAACAUCCUUAAGAAUUUUUUAAAUGACCUGGCAAGUCACAGGAAUUAGAAUAUAUGUGAAUGAGAAAUACCAUGAAUCUAUUCUUGAUGAAGAUGACAUCUAAAACUGUCACCUCUUGACUAUCUAAACUAAAAUCUCUCAUUCUAUUUUAUUUUAUAAAACGAAUAAAUUAGUCUUAUUUUCCAGAAUUGUGUUCUAUUCAUAUUUAACUUAGUUAUAAACUAGUACAAUCACAUAAUGGGCAGAAAUCCUUAAGGAAAAUUUUCUGGAUAUUAUUCGUCGAUACUCUGUUUUAAUUACCAUGUCAAAAGAAGAUUAUUUUAUGCUCAAUGGUAUAAUGAUAACAGAACUAUAGGAGAUAAUUGAAUAUAUAUUUUUUUGUCUUUUGUCAAUAUCAUGGCAUCCUUUAGUAUAUAUACUACUCUCAUUGCUGGCAAUGAGACAUAGACCACUGAUGCCCUUAAGAGUUGACGUUUUUAGUAUAUAUUAUUAGUUUCAAGCACUUUUUAUUUAUGUAGCACAAAAGUAU